UUUUCCUAAGCAGAGGGAGGAAAAAUCGAGCGCUCCGUUUUGAUUGGCUCUCCCGUGUCCUCCUCCGCUCUUUCUUCUUUUUCUUCUGUUUUCUUUCAGGUAUACACAGUAUCCCGCGGGCGCGUCUGGUGUAAAUGCUGCUUCCCCACCAUUUCGAUUGAGGGAGAGAGAGGGCAGAAAGAAAGAUGAGCGUUGAUCUCGCGUUUUCCGACCCCAAGGGGAAUAUCGAUUCUCAGAUUUCGCAGCUCAUGCAGUGCAAGCCUCUCUCCGAGCCAGAGAUAAGAACGUUAUGUGGAAAAGCUAAGGAGAUCUUGAUGGAAGAAAACAAUGUCCAGCCUGUGAAAAGCCCUGUGACUAUUUGUGGUGAUAUCCAUGGACAGUUUCAUGAUCUUGUAGAGCUCUUCCGGAUCGGAGGAAAGUGCCCAGAUACCAAUUACUUGUUCAUGGGUGACUAUGUUGAUCGUGGAUACUACUCUGUUGAAACUGUAACGCUUUUAGUUGCCCUUAAGAUUCGUUAUCCUCAACGCAUCACCAUCCUUAGAGGAAAUCAUGAAAGCCGUCAGAUAACUCAAGUUUAUGGUUUUUAUGAUGAAUGCCUGCGAAAGUAUGGGAGUGCAGCUGUCUGGAAGAUGUUCACUGACCUGUUUGACUAUUUUCCAUUAACAGCCUUGGUGGAGUCCGAGAUAUUUUGUCUCCAUGGUGGUCUAUCGCCAUCUAUUGAAACUCUGGACAGCAUUCGAAAUUUUGACCGUGUGCAAGAAGUGCCUCAUGAAGGACCCAUGUGUGAUAUUUUGUGGUCUGACCCCGAUGAUCGAUGUGGUUGGGGUAUGUCACCACGUGGUGCUGGAUAUACCUUUGGCCAGGUGUUUCUUCACCUAUUCUUUUGCCUGAUAACCAUUUUUGUUUCCCAAAUACAUUUUGUUCUAACACGAUAUAGAUUGUUAGCACAGGAUGUAUCUGAGCAGUUCAACCGCACCAAUAAUUUGAAGCUCAUAGCGAGAGCUCACCAACUUGUCAUGGACGGUUUCAGUUGGGGACAUGAGAAAAAAGUGGUCACAAUUUUUAGUGCACCUAAUUAUUGUUACCGAUGUGGGAAUAUGGCAUCCAUUUUGGAAGUCGAUGAUUGCAAAGGGCACACAUUCAUUCAGUUUGAACCAGCUCCACGGCGGGGGGAGCCUGAUGUGACUCGGAGAACACCAGAUUACUUUUUAUGAUGAAGCUGUCCUGCUGCUUGCUGGCCUUUCUGGCCCAAACUUUGAAUAUGCACUUCUGGCUGAGGAGGAAAAUCAACAGCAUCAUGGAGCUUAAAAUUGGGUUUGAUUUAUUUUCUCAAGCUUAUUACAUGCUGGGGCCACAACUCACAAGAAGGAAUUAUUUAAGGUUGAAUUUGUGAUGGGUUCUCUAAGAUUGGGCUUUGAGAUGUACAGACACUCUCGAGGCAGGAUGGGUUAGGAGGGUGAAUCGGGAGUCACUGUAGCAUGUCAUUUCUGGAAAGACGUGCCUUUUUUGAAGUCUGCAGAGGAAGCUCUCUUUUUUUUUUUAUUAUUUUUGCUUGCCAGGAACUAAACAAAUGUUCUCUGUUUGAGUGUACCAUCGAUCCAGUAUUCGUUGACUAUAUUAUUUGAUUCCAUUGUUUUUUGGCCAAGCACUGGCUUCUGUUAUAUAACAUAUCUUAUUUGAUCCAAUUCAUUCCAGUUAGACCAGCUA